AUGACUAGUAUUUUCACAGCUGAACUCUACGCUAUACUCAAAGCUGUAGAGGUUCCAAUGCAGGGUACCAAAAAUUUAGCAAUCUGCACAGACUCAUUAUCAUCCAUAAAUUCGAUAAGAAAAAUGUAUACACCAAAUCCAAUAGUUAAUAAAAUCCAUGAAAAAUGUACAGCACUUGCUAAAUCAAAUACUUCAGUUUCGAUUAUAUUUAAUCCUUCACAUGUUGGUAUCAAAGGGAACGAGAAUGCUGACCACGCAGCAAAGGAAGCACGUUGUUCUGACCUUACAGAUGAAAAUAUCCAGUUGUUUCAAGACAUAUAA